AUGGUUACAGCUAACCUCGGAGAUGAAGCUGUCGAUUUAAAUGCUGAUAGAAUUACGCUUCAAGACUGGGAUCCGAUUUUAAAUGCAACUAAAAUCAAUAAAAACUUGAAAACAAUUGCUGUAAGAAGUUACUGGCAGGAGAAAAUGGAUCCCAGAGAGUCAGAUUCCUCUUGUGGACAAAUAUAUCGAAAAAAGAUACCACAUAUUCGAUCAAAAGAGCUAACUUAUAAAUUAUGCAGAGCCCUAAAAGAAUGUUUGUGCUUAACGGAAGCUCUUGAGGUCUUAAUAUUUCAAAAUAUACCUCUAAGGCAAAGGGAUCUCAAAUUUUUUUCAAAGGGAAUUUCUUGUAACAAAACCUUAAAGCACCAUUCUUUUGAAAACUGCCAAAUUGGCGAUUGUGGACUUGAAGUUUUAAGUAUGGCCAUCAGAAAUUGUUUCUCGUUACAAUCAUUAAAUCUGACCGGAUGUUGCAUCACUUGGCAUGGGGCUGAAAUACUAGCCAAGAUUAUUAAGAAUCAAGCAACAAAAAAGUUGGGCUUAGCAUGGCAAGACAGUUUGCGUUAUCGUGUGCCUGACCUAGAUAGAAUGUCUGGAUUGUGAAGAAUCACCUUGUGUAAGAACAGUUUAUUAGGAGAUAAAGGUGUUGAAGUACUGACUGAAGCUUUGAAGGAUGAUUUGUGGCUCAAAGCUUUGGAUUUGCAGCAAUGUGGUAUUUCAAAUAAAGGAGCGCUUGCGUUUCAGUCAUUGUUAAGAUGCAACAAAUCACUGGUUGUCGUCGACGUAAGGAUAAAUCCUUUAAUAGAAAGAGAACUGGUGACAUCCAUUACACAACAUGUUAUAGCUAAUCUGGUCAUGGGGAAACUGAGUUUCCAUGGCUUCAUACCAAAGGAACAGACUCUCCAGCAACUAGAACGAAAAAAAAACAAAAGAAGAAAAUCCAAAAAUGGAUUGUCAAGAGAAGGCUCUUCAAAAUCUCGAACAUAUGGCAUUCCAUGGAGAACUGCAGAGAGAGUAGGCCCAAACAGACAUAAGAAAAAUGAGACUUGGCCAUUUGCUUAUUUACAGGACAAACAUGACGUUAUGGAUAAAUGUAACAAAAAUAAUAAUAAUACAGAGGAAAAACCUGCAGAAAGUGACGAUGAACUGUUUGACUUAGCUGAGCAAACUUGUGGUUUCUUAUCCGAAAGAGUGCGACAGUUGGAAAUUGAAGUAGAGUUUCUUAAACAUUGUCUUGAGGAGGAGAAUCAGAGAAGACUGCAACAGUCUGAGAUGGUCUUAAAGCUUCAAUUGGAGAAUAGAGGACUUCAACGAGAAAUUGAACUUUUGAGAGCGGUCGGCACGAAGCCUGGAAAUGAUCAUUCUCAUAACUUGGCUCCUACGGAACAACAUCAACUUUCAAGAAAUGACUUACUUGACGACAACGUUUUGGAAAGCAUCGAAGCAUCUUUCAAACAGUUUCACGCGUUUUUAGACAUGUUUAACGGAUCAGAGUAA